GUACAUUGUCUCGUUUUUUUCCGCCAUUUAUUAUUAUUAUUUUUUUGCAAUGAAAAUGGUUUUGGCCUGUGAUUUUGGAACGAAUGAUUUUUGAAUCUACGCUAAGGCGCUGAUCGGGUCGGGUUCGGUUUGUGAGAUUUGAAUAUCGGAUCUAAUCAUGGGUUUCUUUUGUUAGUGAACAAUGGGAAAUAUAAGUUAAGGGAUAUAUUAGCAAAAUAUCCCCCAAGUAAAUUUUAGCAUCAAAAUCCCAGCGCCGCCGCCUUCCUUCACACUUCAGUGUCCUCGCUUGCAGCAAAGUCACACUUCCCCCCUUUUUUUACGAUGUCAAACCCUGACCCGAAACCCGACCCAGAACCCCAAAAAACCUUCAACACCAAUGACAUCGACGAAGAAGGAGACGAAGGCGAAGACGAAAACGAAAACGACCUCAAAGACGAUGAAGACCAAGACGACGACGUAUUCGGAGAACCGAACCGUCCUAAACCUAAAACCCGUGAGGCUCAAUACCGUUUGGAUAAACUCAAAAUGGACUCGCUACUCCAGCGAAUGCAGAGUGGCCCCGUUUCGGUCCGAGUCCACGACGUGAUCAUAAAAGGGAACACAAAAACCAAGGACUACAUCAUUGAAGCCGAGACCGAGGAGUUGAAGAGCGUCGGCUCGAUGCAAGAGCUCUUAAAAGCGUCGCAAUUAGUCAAUUUGCGGCUCCAAGCGCUUGAAGUUUUUGAUUCUGUGAAAAUCACGCUUGAUUCGGGUCCACCGGAAUUGCCUGGAACUGCUAACGUGAUUAUUGAGGUUGUUGAGACAGCAAGCCCUCUUUCGGGACAGAUUGGAGCUUAUACGAAAGCUGAGGCUAGAUCUUCUACAGUGGAAGGAUCUCUCAAGUACAAAAAUUUGCUUGGACAUGGGGAUCUUUGGGAUGGUUCACUAGCAUAUGGCUAUGAUCACUCAGCGGAGUUAAGCACUGGCGUGUAUUUGCCCAGAUUAAAAGGAUUGGUAACUCCUGUCACAGCACGAGCAUACUUAAUGUCCCAAGAUUGGCUAAAAUUUUCUUCUUACAAAGAGCGAUCAUUGGGUCUCUCUCUUGGUUUAUUUUCUAGCACAUAUCAUGAUGUGGCAUACAAUCUUGCAUGGCGUACCUUGACAGAUCCAUCACAAAUGUCAUCAAGAUCCGUAAGGAGGCAGCUUGGGCAUAAUUUACUUUCUUCUUUGAAGUAUACCUUUAAAUUUGAUAGGAGAAAUUCAUCAAUGAGGCCAACUCGGGGUUAUGCUUUUGUUUCUACUACUCAAGUUGGUGGCAUUGCACCUGAUAGUCGGAGCUUACGAUUUCUGCGGCAGGAGUUUGAUCUUCGUUUCGCUGUUCCUCUUGGAUUUUAUGGUGCUGCUCUUAAUUUUGGGAUUUCUGGUGGUGUUGUCUUUCCAUGGGGGAAUGGAUUCUUGAAUAAGCCAUCAUCCCUGCCCGAAAGAUUCUUCUUAGGCGGCAACAUAUCUCCAGUCUGCGCUUUAGGAGGGCCAACAGCAUUAUGGGGAUUUAAGACAAGGGGAAUGGGUCCAACAGAGCCAAAAAGACAGGUUAAUGAUGAAAAUGCUGAUCCUUCUGGGGUGGAUUUUCUUGGAGGAGAUCUUGCUGUUACUGCUUUGGCAGACCUUUCUUUUGAUAUUCCAUUUAGGUGGUUUAGAGAAAAAGGAAUUCAUGCUCAUGUUUUUGCAUGUGCUGGUAAUGUGGCCAAGUUAACAGAGAAUGAGUAUCGAAAUUUCUCUGUUCAGAAGUUUGUAGAGUCACAGCGGAGUUCUGUAGGAGUUGGACUUGUUGUCCCAACAAGUUUAUUCCGCAUGGAGCUUAACUACUGCUAUAUACUGAAGAAGUUCGAUCAUGAUCGGGCAAAAACUGGCGUUUGGCUUACCUUCACUGGUGCAUCAUAAAAUUUUGGACUUAAUAUCAGUGUCCGGCAUUGAGACAACACAUCAAUCCUGUCAUCCAGGCAACUUCAUUGUUCCAUACCUCGGAAAUUCUUCUUCAUUUCUCGGUAUGGUAGUAUUUCAAAACACUGUUGUUUUCUCCCUAGUCAAAGUGUAGUUUCACAUUUUGUUGGACAAAUUCAGAAGGCUUACUUUUCAGCUCUAGAGCAGAGGGAAAUAAUGGUACUUAUAGCAACCCAUUCUUCUCGGCCUGAUAAAAUUACUCAACUUUUUAAUCUCGUUUUCGAAAUUGUUUAUUUGAGCAUCUGAUUGUUCAUUGAUUAUGGGAAAAUAUUUGUGAGGAAUGCAAAUUUUGUCCCCUUUUUCAUUUUCCUUCCAAGUUCAUGAUAGCUUGUUAGAAUACCGCAUAAUUUUGACUGCAUAAAAUCGAG